UGCGGGGCUGGCGGCGCGGCCCCGGCGCAGGGACCAUCUGUCCUGGCUGUGCUGGUGUGGCUGGUGACGGGACAGGCACCUCAUGUGGAAUCCGGAGCAUCCCGCCUCCCUCUUCCCGGAUCAAUACCUGCACGGGCCUCCAUCUCCGCGCCGAGAGCAGCGACGCGCCGGGCUCCAGGCUGCUGCGGCAAGAUGUCGGUGACGUUUGAGGACGUGGCGCUCUACUUCUCCCCCGAGGAGUGGGCAAAGCUGUCAGGCUGUCAGCGGCAGCUCUACCGGGAGGUGAUGCUGGAGAACUACCAGAUGGUCGCCUCGCUGGGGACAGGCUUGGGGCAUUGACCGCCUCUCCUGACAACUUGUUCCAGGGAUUGACCACCCCCUCAGUACAAAAAUGCUUCCUCACAUCCAGUCUAAACCUCCCAGGCGCAGCUUUGAGCUGUUCCCAGGUGUCCUGUCUGCAGGAGAGUGGCCGAGGCUGGGCCACCAUCAAACCUGAGAUCAUCUGCAAGAUGGAGCGAGAAGAGACACCAUGUGUGCCAGACGACCCUGGGGAGCAGCAGAGGUACCAGAGCCCUGUGCCAGUGACGUCACCCCUGGUAAACCUGCCUAGCUACGAUCCCCAGGAAACCUGCCCAGCUCCAGGCAAUAAGGGACUUGCCUGGCUACAAGCAGUCGUCUUCACCUGCCAAGGCACACAUAGGACCACAUGGGACCAACGUGCUGGGACUGGGAAUGCCCCACUUCCAGGGAUGGCAAACUCAGGCAGGAAGUUUCUGGGGGGCUCGUCCUGCAGCCAGCCGGGCGGGAGCCAGGGAGCCCAGUUGGGGCACCCGCACCUCCCUGCCCUCCCAGAACCCCAGCCGUUACAGAAGAGCCCUCCCAGGUGCCCUGAGUAUGACAAGAGAUUCAAGAACCAGACAGCACUGGAUGCCCACGUGCAGAGCCACAUACGUGAGCGUCCCUUCCACUGCACUGACUGUGGCAAGAGCUACAUCUACAAGCAGAAUCUGAUGAGUCACCAGCGCAUCCAUACCGGGGAGAAGCCCUUCACCUGCACUGAUUGUGGCCAGAGCUUCAGGAACAAGAACAACCUCAUCACUCACCAGCGCAUCCACACUGGGGAGAAGCCUUUUGCCUGCUCCAACUGCAGCAAGAGCUUCAGGCAGAAGAAGAGCCUGAUCAUCCAUCAACACAUCCACACUGGGGAGAAGCCCUUUACCUGCUCCGACUGUAGAAAGAGCUUUGUCAACAGGCAAAAUCUGCUGAGUCACCAGCGCAUCCACACUGGGGAGAAGCCCUUCACCUGCACCGCAUGUGGCAAGAGCUUCAGUCUGAAGAAGUACCUGAGUAGACACCAGCAGGUGCACCAGGGCCUGGGGGUUGUGUCAGAGGUUGUGCAACAGGAGGGGGGCGGUCCGUCUCUAAUGAAGAAGAACCUCGUCAUCCAUGAGAGCAUCCACACCAGAGAGAAAGCCUUCAGUUGUGUUGACUGUAGCAAGACCUUCAGGAAGAAGUGGACCCUCAUCAUCCACCAGCGCAUCCACACUAGGGAGAAGCCCUUCACCUGCACCAGAUGUGGCAAGAGCUUCAGUGAGAAGGCGAAAUUAAUCUACCACCAGCGCAUCCACACUGGAGAGAAGCCCUUUACCUGCUCCGACUGUGGCAAGAGCUUUGUUAUAAGGUCGAACCUGCUAAGGCACCAGCGCAUCCACACCGGGGAGAAGCCCUUUGCCUGCACCAACUGUGGCCAGAGCUUCAGAGAGAAGAGGAGCCUUAUUGUUCACCAGCGUAUCCACAGUGGGGAGAAGCCCUUCACCUGCACCGACUGUGGCCAGAGCUUCAGGGACAACUGGAACCUCAUCACUCACCAGCGCAUCCACACUGGGGAGAAGCCUUUUGCCUGCUCCAACUGCAGCAAGAGCUUCAGGCAGAAGAAGAGCCUGAUCAUCCAUCAACACAUCCACACUGGGAAGAAGCCCUUUACCUGCUCCGACUGCAGAAAGAGCUUUGUCGACAGGCAAAAUCUGCUGAGUCACCAGCGCAUCCACACUGGGGAGAAGCCCUUCACCUGCACCGACUGUGGCAAGAGCUUUGUCAAGAGGCAGCACCUGCUGUGUCACCAGCUCAUCCACACUGGGGAGAAGCCCUUCACCUGCACUGAGUGUGGCAAGAGCUUCAGGCAGAAGAAGAACCUGAAGAGACACCAGCAGGUGCACCAGAGCCUGGGGGUUGAGCCGGCAUAUGUCCAGUGGGAGGCGGGGUAUCUGUCCGCAGUGAGGAGGCAGGCAGAGGCCGAGUCCUUCCAGUACGGUGUCUGCGAGAAGCGGUUUUGGAAGGAGAGGCUCAUGCUGGCUCACCAGCGCACCCACGGCACCCCCAGCCUGCAGCCGCCUCCGCAGCCCAGCACCCCCUGAAUCUGCUGCUGAGGGGCCCGUGGGGUGCUGGGGGCUGCUGUGGGGUGGCUGUGGGGGUAGGUCCUGGUUUUGCUUGGGAUAGAGUAAAUUUUGUUCCAAGUAGCUGGUAUAGUCCUGUGUGCUGGAUUGAGAAGAAUGUUGCUAAUACGGGGAUGUUUUUGUUCUUGCUGAGCAGGACGGAGCAUCGGUCGGGGAGUGAUGAGUGAUUGUGUUGCGCAUCACUUAUUUUGUAUAUUCUGACAUAAUUAUCAUCAUUGCCAUUACUCUUUUCCCCUUCUACUAAACUGUCUUCAUCUCAACCCACGAGUUUUACACAGAUCACUGGAUCAGCCUAAUUUAAGUUUUUAAUCUAGAUAUUUAGCUUAAAUAACUACAUUUUAAAUAGAAUAUAUCACUUAGAAUUAUAAGAUUUUGUGAUUUUUAGUAUACAGUCAGCUUUGCAUUACUCAGUGGCAAAAUAUGCUGAAAUCUUAAGCUGCGUUGUAAAGUUCUCCUCACAUUCACCAAACUUGUGUCUACUUGAGCAGAAGAAAACAGUUACAAUCCAUGGACUUGCAAAAAAGCAGAAAGGCCCAGAGGCCACUGGAACACGGCAGGAUGGCAAAAGGCUGAACUGAUGACACUCCCAAACAGAACUCCCCGAAACGGAGCAGAACCAGAAUGGAUCUUCAUCCCCGUCUGGCCCGAUUCUGUCCCAAAUACAUCGUGACUGCGCUGCCAGCCGUCAGAUCCUGACUCUCCUUUAAUUUGAAGCAUGAUGUUCAUGGCAUGGAAUAUUCUCAUUGCUCAGUCUGCAUGUCAGUCAAGAUCUGUCUUAUCUAUGCCCCCUUCCCAGCUGCCUCACACCUGUGGGAACAGAGCUCAGAGUCCUUGACUAUCAGACAACAGCAAUUAAGAACAUUAACUCUGUCCUCCAGUUCUAUCUUCUUCUUCUUCAAACUAAAUUCAAUCAAUAAGCCUGCUGGCUAUGUAAAAGAAAGGUUUCUAACAGCAUGAAGAACAUUAACUCACUUUCAGUCAAGCCAGCACACCAAGUCGUAUAAAGAAUUGGGUGUGCAGAUAUAAUGUUUGGCCAUAAACUCAUGUAAUCCUGUUACAGUCUGUUUGGGGAAGUUGGAGAAAUUAAUUAAUUUAACCAGAGUGAGAUUAAGAGACAAACGGGGGCAAAUGCAACUUAAUUAACUUUAUUAAGUACUUCUGUAAAUGGAUGUUCAUAUGGUAUGUUAUGGUAAGAAAAUAACGAUAGGACAGGGAGAAGGAGACAGGAAAGGAGGAAACCUUGCAAGCAGUGGGGAUAGAUUUGCAAGAGACACUCACCACCAUGGGUGGAUCCAGCGGUGUUUUCUCUCUAGUAGGUGGGGUGGUGCGUCUCAGGAAGGCAGCUCGUUCAUCACUCACAAAACAACCGCCCCUUACAUCCCAGAGAGGUACACACGUAAUACCUGUCAGUGGUGGGGGUCUCCAGUUCGCAAGCACUACUGUGUGGUUCUACAGUCUUCUGUAAGGCAUUUUGGGGCUAUUUUGGGAGGUUGUUUCCUGGACAUAUACUGCCUUGUACGCACUUCUGUGCAUGUUCUCAGUCCCAGCACACCAGUCCCGUGUAGUCCUGUGUGUGCCUCGGCACGGGAAGGUGAUCGCUUGUAGCCAGGCAAGUCCCCUAUUGCCUGGAGUUGGGCAGGUUCCCUGUGGCUUGUAUCCAGGCAGGUCUCUGGAAAACGACGUAGUCGGUCAUGGCAGAGACAGGAUCAAACAAACUUUGAGACAUUUAGCUUAAAAUAUGGUCCCUGACAAUGGUCAGGAUCAAGGGGCAGGCUGGCAGGGGUGACACUGUUGUGGGCGUCUGUUACAGGCCACCAGAUCAGGCUGAGGAAGUUGAUGAGGCCUUCUCUGGGCAGUUGAGAGUGGCCUCACGGUCACAGGCCCUGGUUGUUGUGGGGGAUUUUAACUUCCCUGAUGUUUGCUGGAAGGACCAUUCAGCCAGCCAGCCACAGUCCAGGAGGUUCCUCCAGUGCAUCGGUGAGAACUUCCUCAUGCAGAUGGUGGAGGAGCCGACUAGGAGAGGUGCACUGCUGGAUCUCAUCCUCACUAACAAGGAGGGUCUGGUCGAAGCAGUAAAGGUUGAGGGCUGCCUGGAUUGCAGUGACCACGAGAUGGUGGAGUUCAGCAUCUUGUGUGGCAGGAACAGAAUAGCAAGUAGAAUUGCAACCCUGGACUUUAGCAGGGCUGACUUUGGCCUUUUCAAGCAAUUGCUGGGGGAAAUCCCAUGGGCAAGACUGCUUGAAGGAAAAGGGGCCCAAGAUAGCUGGAUUGCAUUCAGAGAUUGCUUCUUCCACGCUCAGGAUCAGAGCAUCCCCACACGUAGGAAGUCAAGGAAGGGAGCCAGGAGGCCUGCGUGGUUGAAUAGGGAUCUGUUGGUUAUGCUCAAGCAGAAGAGGAGAGUUUACAGGUCAUGGAAGCAGGGGCUGGCCACUUGGGAAGAAUAUAAGGCUGCUGUUAGAGGAUGUAGGAAGGCAGCUAGGAUAGCCAAGGCCUCCUUAGAAUUACAGCUGUCGAGAGGGGUCAAGGACAGCAAAAAGAACUGUUUCAAAUACAUAGCAGAUAAAACUAAUACCAGAGGCAAUGUAGGCCCACUGAUGAAUGGGGUGGGUGCCCUGGUGGCAGAAGAUACAGAGAAGGCAGAAUUACUGAAUGCCUUCUUUGUCUCUGUCUACUCUGCCAGAGGCUGUCCUGGGGAGCCCUGUACCCCUGAGACCCCGGAUGAAGCCAGGUCAAUGGAGGAGUUUGCUUUAAUCAAUGAGGACUGGGUUAGGGAGCAAUUAAAUAGUCUGGACAUCCAUAAAUCCAUGGGUCCAGAUGGGAUGCAUCCGCGGGUGCUGAGGAAGCUGGCUGAGGUCAUUGCUGGACCGCUCUCCAUCAUCUUUGCCAAGUCUUGGGAAACGUGGGAGGUGCCCAAGGACUGGAGGAAAGCAAAUGUCACUCCAGUCUUCAAAAAGGGCAAGAAGGAGGAACCGGGUAAUUAUAGACCGGUCAGCCUCACCUCUGCCCCUGGGAAAGUAAUGGAACAGCUUAUCCUUGGUGCCAUCUCAAGGCAUAUCAAGGAUAAGAGGGUUAUUAGGGGCAGUCAGCACGGCUUUACCAAGGGUAAGUCAUGCUUGACCAACCUCAUAGCCUUUUAUGAGAAUGUAACAAGGUGGAUGGAUGAUGGCAGAGCGGUGGAUGUGGUCUACCUUGACUUCAGUAAAGCCUUUGACACAGUCUCCCACAGCAUCCUCACAGCUAAGUUGAGGAGGUGUGGUGUAGACAAUAGAGUAGUGAGGUGGGUUGCAAACUGGCUUAAGGAGAGAAGCCAGAGAGUGGUAGUCAAUGGUGCGGAGUCUAGUUGGAGGCCAGUAUCCAGUGCAGUGCCUCAGGGGUCAGUACUGGGGCCAAUAUUAUUCAGUAUAUUCAUUAAUGAUUUAGACGAGGGAACAGAGUGUACUAUCAGCAAGUUUGCUGAUGACACCAAGCUGUGAGGACUGGCUGACACACCAGAAGGCUGUGCUGCCAUCCAGCGGGACCUGGACAGGCUGGAGAGUUGGGCGGGGAAUAACCUAAUGAAAUUUAACAAGGGAAAGUGUAGAGUCCUGCAUCUGGGCAGGAACAACCCCAGGUUCCAGUAUAGGUUGGGAAAUUACAUAUUAGAGAGCAGUGUAGGGGAAAGGGACCUGGGGGUCCUGGAGGACAACAGGAUGACCAUGAGCCAGCACUGGGCCCUUGUGGCCAGGAAGCCAAUGGCAUCCUGGGGUGUAUUAGAAGGGGGGUGGCUAGUAGAUCGAGAGAGGUCCUCCUUCCCCUCUACUCCGCCCUGGUGAGACCACAUCUGGAAUAUUGUGUCCAGUUCUGGGCCCCUCAGUUCAAGAAGGACAGGGAACUGCUGGAGAGGGUCCAGCGUAGGGCAACAAAGAUGAUUAAGGGAGUGGAGCACCUCCCUUAUGAAGAAAGGCUGAGGGAGCUGGGUCUCUUUAGUUUGGAGAAGAGGAGACUAAGGGGGAACCUCAUUAAUGUUUAUAAAUAUAUAAAGGGUGAGUGCAAUGAGAAUGGAGCCAGGCUCUUCUUGGUGGCAAACAAUGAUAGGACAAGGGGUAAUGGGAUCAAGCAGGAACACAAGAGGUUCCACUCAAAUUUGAGAAGAAACUUCUUCUCAGUAAGGGUGACAGACCACUGGAACAGGCUGCCCAGGGAGGUUGUGGAGUCUCCUUCCCUGGAGACAUUCAAAACCCACCUGGACAUGUUCCUGUGCGACCUCACCUGGGCGUUCCUGCUCCAGCAGGGGGAUUGGACUAGAUGACCUUUUGAGGUCCCUUCCAAUCCCAAACAUACUGUGAUACUGUGACAAAUCCCUUACUGUUUUCCAUUGACCCUCAAAGUCUGUUGGACAUGCAGCAUUGACUAAUGCUGAGAAUAUGUCUGGAUCCAUCAGCACCUGGAUUUGUCUCUCAGAAGGAGUUUAAAGAGCAAGGGGUUCCAUUCUGAACCUGGUGACUUAAUGGGAGGGCCUCCCUCUACCCUUUCACAUCUUCUGUCCCUGUAAAAAUCACUCUAAACCAACUCAGACCUGACUCUCCUUGGCAUAUUUUCUGUGGGAAUGGAAGGACAAACCAUUGAACUCUGUUAAGUCACACUUUUCUUUAAUUAUGAUUUUUCUUGUAGUCCUCCAAAUCAUCUGAAGAAUUAUAUAGAAUGAAAAGAAGAAUUAAUCCAGGGUCCUUGCUGUGUUCAAAAACAGAAAAGGGGGAGAUGUGGGAAUAGUAGGACAUGUGGUUCCAGCCACCUGGAUGAUAAAGGAAGAUCAAUACUAACAUGACCAUUCAGAUGAAUAAUACUAGCAUGGUUAAAUCACUGCAAUUACUCAAAACAUAAAGGGCCUUGGACAGGUUAUAAAGAAGUAUGUUUUUUAUGAGUGUAAGGAGUGAUAGCCUAGGCCAGUGAGAAUGAUAUCCUGGGUUGGAACAUCGCCCCCAUAUGUAUGACGUGUGAGUGUUGGGCCUGGGCCUGUGUUUUUGGAAUAACAUUUUGGGAAAAAAAAUAAUGUUUAGCCUCUUGGUUCAGACUUGUAUCUGUGAAGCUAUAAAUUGAGGAAGGCUAAUUAAACAAAUCUCAGCUCCACUA